GACGGACGACGGCGAUGUCGAUCACCGCGCUCACGAACACGGUGUCCGCGCUCUCGUUGAGCUCGCGUGGGAACGCUCGCGGGACGUUCCGGGUGCGCGCGGUGCGACCGACGAAGAGUUUCUCUUCGGCGGUCGUCGCGUCGGAUGAUGAACGAUUGCGAUUGCACAACUUGAGCCCGCUCAAGGGGUCGCGUCGCGAGAAGAAGCGCAUCGGUCGCGGUUACGGCGCGGGUCAAGGUGGCUCUUGCGGCGACGGCAUGCGCGGUCAACGCGCAAGGAGCGGCCCUGGCGUGCGCCCCGGCUUUGAGGGCGGGCAAACACCCAUGUACCGCCGCUUCCCCAAACUCAAGGGCAUCGCCGGCGGCAUGGGCGCCGGCAAACCGAAGUUUGUCACUGUGAACGUCGGCGACCUCGAGGCGGCCGUCCAAGCGAAGAAACUCGACGCGAGCGCCGAGAUCACGAUCGAAGCGCUCAAGAGCGCCGGCGUGAUCAAAGCGACUGGCUACUACAGAAACUUGCCGUUGAAGGUUUUGGGUGAGGGCGAGGUGUCGGGCUUGAAGGUGAAGGCGGCCUCCUUUUCUCAAAGCGCCUCGGAGAAGCUCACCGCGGCUGGCGGUGCGGCGGAAGUUUUGCCGGCGAAGGAAAAGUGGAGUCGUCAGGCUGCCGCCGCGGCCAAGGCGUAAACGUCUUCGUACGUUUCGUCGAGGUCGAACAAUCAUUCAUCCUGUAGAACUGAGUCGGGCUUAACCCGCGCGCAUUCAAUUACAACAACCUAAAAAUAUCUC